AUGAUUUGGAAUAACCUCACCUGGACAACAAUCUUCCUUUCUCUCACUGGACCUGGAAUUGUUGGGAAUAUCCUAGUAUUUGUGAGACAUGUAUAUACUUUUGUUGUGGGAACUGAGAAAAAAAACAUAGACCUUAUCCUUAUUCAGUUGGCAUUUUCAAAUACAACAAUUAUUUGUUACAUGCAAAUCAGAGACACAGCUGCAGUUUUUUAUGUCAAGAUCUUUCUAGGUGAGGCUGGUUGUAAGGUUGUGGUUUUUCUGGGAAGGAUGACUCAAGGACUCUCCAUCUGCACCACCUGUCUCCUCAGCAUAGUCCAGGCUGUCACCAUCAACCCCAGGAUGACCCUGUGGAGAAAACUCAAACCACAGACUGAGGGGCAGGUUCUUCCCUAUCUCCUCCUCUUUUGGUUGUUAAGUUGCCUCAUAAGCUCCAACUUUCUAUGCUAUAUCACAUCAGUCAGAAGCACGAACAGAUCUGCUGUUGGCAAGCAGGGUAGGUAUUGCAUUAUGCUACCAUCUAGGCAAAUAGUGAAAUGGCUGUUCCUCUCUCUCACGGCUCUCUGUGAUGUCAUCUUCCAGAGUCUCAUGGGCUGGAGCAGUGCGUCCAUGGCUCUGCAUCUGUAUCAACAUCACAAGAGUAUCUCCUACUUUCACAGCUCCAAGUGUGUGAACAAUUCUAGCCCAGAAAUCAGAGCAACACAGAGCACUCUCAUUCUCAUGGCCUGUUUCCUUUUCUUCUAUUGGGUAGAUUUCAUUUUCUCCUUCUACAUGGGUUUCAUAGUGACACAUGCGCCAUCGUCUCAAUUACUAAAAGUUUUCUUGAACUUGGUUAUGCUGUUCUAA